UUCCAAUUCAGUGAGCGACCCAGAGCUUGGGUGUACUGGUCAACAACCACAUCCGGACCAGACACAAUGUCGCUCUUUGGUCAACCUCCGUCGGGUCAAGGAGCCGCGAACAGCCCUUUCGCUGGCUUGAACUUGAGCACUCCUAGCACAGAUGCGCAGGGCAAGCGGAAAUCAAUCUUCGAUGCCUCCACCUCGCAGCAGCAGACGUCCCAAUCCUUCAGCUUCCCCAGUCUCAAUACCAACACGACCACCACGACAGCAGGCUCCUCUGGAGGACUGUUCAGUCUAGGAGGAGGCCCGGCAAAACCAUCAGCUCCGUCUCUUUCGUUCGGGAACACAACUACCACCACCUCUGCACCAUCGACAGGCUUGUUCGGAAGCACAACCGCAACCUCUGCGCCUUCCACCGGCCUAUUUGGGACAGCCGCUACCUCCGCACCUUCCGCUCCUUCAACAGGGUUGUUUGGAGGGCCAUCCACAACCACUUCCCAGCCUGCACCUAGCACGUCCUUGUUCGGCGCAGGCACAUCGACGGCACAGCCAGCGACCUCCGCCUCUACGUUCGGAAACACCCUCUCUGCAAGCACGGCAGCACUUGGGGCUUCACAGCCUGCAAGUGGUGCUCCUUCUCAAGCUCGAGAUGCUGCAUACUUUAGCAGUCUGUUGGAAAGACAGAAGAAAAAGCCCAGGUUAAAAUCUGAAAACAAUGGACGUGCGUCUCAGUUGUCAGGUCUGAACAUGGACUUGGGGGACUUGGCUCGACGUGCGCAGGAGAUCAGACAGCGUGGCCCGAAACAAGCGGAUGCCUUCACGGACAGUCGUGCGCAUUAUCUACUGGCUGGUUCGGGAAUAGCACCUGGUCAGGCCUACAAGGAUUUCCAAGCCCUUGGUCCUGAUGAUACCGCAUCAAUCUCCAGAAAUGUGGCACAAAGCUUUGCUGAUGAGUCAAGUGCUCACUUGAGAGACCUUCGGACGAAAGGCCGUGAUGCAAUGCUAAGGGAGAGCAUGGAACGUGUCUACAAGGAAGUCGACCACUUCAUCGAAGAAAGCUUGGGUGUCGAUUUUGAAGAGCAGAAGAUGAGAAUCAUGGAACAUUUUGGUCUUGCUCCUCCAGAUGAUGGGGAUGAUCUCGGGAAACCGAAAGGUGGUGGCUUUGGCAGGUCGAGGAAGAGUAAGGAAGGACAGCCUGGAGCAUCCCAGGGGGCAAGAAGCAUUUUCGGUCGUUCUGCGAUGGAGAAGUCCAUGAUUGGGGCGCCCGGCUCUAAUGCAGGAACGACCUCUUUCUUUAAGGGUGAAGGCGCUGGGAUCAGUCUCGGCAGAGGACAAAGCCUACGUGAUCUGCGAGACAAGGAAAAGGCCUUCAUUGAAAAGGUACAACAACUCAACAAUGCGCAGCUGCAGGACGAAAGCUAUCAACUGCUACAGAACUUUGCGGCAGCAGAAAAUGAUACCGCUGGAGAUGGGCCCCGACAACUGAUCGAUGCAUAUCAUGCACUUCGAGAAAUCACAAAAGAAGGAAACUCCCCGAUCAGAGAGCGAGAAUAUGCCCAGGCAUAUUUAGAUGAGAACGAGGGUGCAAGCUACCUGAAAUUGAAGAAGCAGAUCUUGAAGGGUUCUCGAAGCUAUCUGGAGAAGUCCUUCUGGCAAGAAAUGAGGGGCAUGAUCGAAAAGAAUGCUCGGGAAGCCGCUCUAGGCGGACAACCUUCUGUGCUCAAUAUUGUACGCGCAUACAUCCGCAUACGUGCUGCACGUCGCGAUCUGGUGCCUGACGGUGCAGAGCUGCAACAGAUUGGCGGUGAGAACGGCGACUAUUGCUGGGUACUCAUUUUCUAUCUGCUAAGGUGUGGAUUUGUCAAGGAGGCAGCAGACUACGUCAAGAAUGACCCUGCGUUCCAGUCGAUGGACAGACGCAUCAUUUCUUACGUGACAGCCUAUUCGGACAGCCCAGACGGACGAUUACCCAAAGGAGUGCAGAACAUGAUCGACAACGAGUAUCAGAAGCUUACCAAGUUGGCACCCAAGAACACCGUCGACCCUUACAAGAUUGCUUGUUAUAAGGUCAUUGGUCGCUGCGACCUGACGGUGAGAAACCUGGACGCAGUUGGUCAAGGAGUUGAAGACUGGUUAUGGCUUCAAUUCAACCUUGCUCGAGAGACUGGCCGUUCGGAGGAACUGUCGGGCGAGAUCUUUGGUCUGGACCAGCUUCGCGAAACUGUCUCCGAGAUUGGACAGAAGCAUUUUCAAAAGACCCAAACUGAAGCUUCUAGUGCUUAUGGCACUUUUCUCCUGAUGCAGGUGCUUGCGGGCAUGUUUGAGCAAGCAGUCGAGUAUCUGCACAGUUUCAACCCUACCAGUGCUGUGCAUCUUGCGAUUGGUUUGGCCUACUAUGGGCUGUUGAGGGUUGCGGACUUCUCUGUUGCCGGUAAUGAAUUGCUAACCUACUCGACCACACAAUUACCCCAGAUCAACUUUGUCCCGUUAGUGGCCUAUUACACUGCGACAUUCCGAACAGCUCUUCCCGUUGCUGCUGUGGACUACCUUUCCAUGAUCUGCUUGAACUCCGAUUUGCAGCCUACAAGUCUUGGUCUGGUUCAUACCAAUGCUUGCCACGAAUGUUUGAGGGAGCUAUGCCUGGAGACUCGCGAAUUUGCCAAGCUUCUCGGUGAUAUUCGUAGCGAUGGGACCCGGAUCCCUGGCGCCAUCGAAAUUCGUGCAGAAUUGAUCCAUCUGGAUUCGCGAGAGGAGUUUUUGAGGUCUAUCACAAGCCAGUCGGCUGCUAUCGCAGAUCAACGAGGACAGAUUUCUGAUGCUGUGCUGCUUUACCAUCUGUGUGAGGAUUAUGACAACGUGAUUGCUGUCCUGAACAGGGCUCUUGCCGAUGCAGUCACCUUGGAUUUGGGAGAAUCCCCGAUGCAGCUGCAGCCAUUGAAGCCACGACGACCAGAUGGACAAAGCGAGUCAUCAGCCAGUGCUCAGGGUAAUGGUCCACAAUCAUCACUAUCAUUGACACAAUCCACCUCAUCUCCGAUCGAGUUGGCUCAGAAUAUGAUCUCCUUGUACAACGACAACGCAGCCUACUACAAUCGAAUCUCAAGUCCAAAUCGAAAUAAUAUCAGCAUCCUGCUUCAGCUACUGGCUGUGAGAUCGAAUCUGGAAGCUAACCCACCCCGCUUCAUGACAGCUUUGGAGACAUUGAACGACCUCAAUAUCCUGCCACUAAGGGCAAACGGGUCGAUACCUGUUAUUCGCGCCGCAGCUGAUGCAUUCGGCAAUCUUCCGCAGCUUCUCGCACGAUGCGCUGGAGUGAGCGUCGUUUGGGCCGUGCGUGCAAUUGGUGGCGAGAGAGAGAACAUUGUGAGAAGCGGACGAUGGGAGGCAGGGUAUGGAGAUUCAGAUGGCAUGAAAGAUCAGUUGAGCGAAAUGGCGAAGGACUUGAUGGUGUUUGCCGGCUUGGUCAAAUACAAAUUGCCAGGUCGUGUGUAUGAUAUGUUGACCCGCGCUGGCGGCGAUGUUGGUGCGUUUUGAGGACGAUCAUGCGACGAUGGUCUUUGAUCAGCAGAGCUAAACACGAGAAGUCAUGAUUGUAUUGCACACCUGAGUAGUCAGACAAUAGCGAAGCGCCUAGGACAGGGG